AUGGCCACCGUCACGCACUACAUUUAUUCUCACUAUGACCCACCCAAACCCAAGGACGAAGAGAACAUAGAAGAAACCUCAGAGAAGGGAGAGGAAGACCCAUGGAUCACGGAGUCGACAUUUGGUGCAAGGCGGCGCAUACAGAAUCCACCCCGUUUCGUGCCCGCCAUCGUGUCUUAUGACGAAGUGAACAACAUGAUAGGCAGCGCAUCAUCCUCACUCCCUUGCGAAGUAGAUUCUCCACACACCACCGACGUCAGCGAUUGGUACAGGUCUCUCCGUCGUGCUUCGAGCGCGCCCGCGGCCGAUCCACAACCACCAUUACAUCCUCCUGGACACACCAGUGUCGUCCCACCACCCGCCGUACAGACACAGGCCUCUACAAUACCUGUGGCUCCUUCUGUUCCGCCAUUGCGCACUAGGAACGACUGGUUUAACAGCCGAGUCGUCCUUUCCGAGCCUGCGUCUCCUCGUGUGCCUGCGCCUACUCUAGCGGACAUCCUCUCCAGGGAGCCACCGCCGGAGCGUAAGGAUCAGCCCUUCGUUCCACCCGUCUUUCUCCACAUUGGCCCCUCCAACAGAGGUUUCACGAUGUUGCAGCAGAGCGGCUGGAGUGAAGGCGAGGCGCUCGGGGCGGGGGCGGCGAGGCGGACGCGACUGCAGAAAGCGAGGGAGAAGAAGCCAGCCAGGACGGUGCUAGAUGACCCUCAAUAUUCUGUCAAGACCGAAGAGCGGGAGAUCGCACUCGAUGGGAGCGACGACAUCCGCGAAGUCCGGAAGGUCGAAGUGGUGGACCUGACACUUUCCGACUCGGACGACGACGAUUUAGAGGUUCUUGCGGGCACCAGCAUGGCCUCCCACCCCACUUCCUCGGCCGCCUCCCACAAUCCCACCGCCCUUCUCACUCCGAUCGCCACCGUGCUCAAGUCCGACCGGCUUGGCAUUGGUCUGAAGGCGAAGACUGUCGGACCCUUCAAGGAGUCGAAGAAGCGGGUCACGCAUAACCAAGCUGCGCUUGCCGCACACGUCCGCGCGAACGAGGAUAUGCGCAUGCGCAAGGCUCUCCUGGGCCGCGGCGCCAACUCGUUCGCCCGGAUUGCGAAGGCUGAGGCAGAGAGCCGGAAGAGACUACUCGCGAAUCUCAACGCGGACUAGAUGGGAUAUUUCGCGAAUAGCUCCCAGCUUCCACUCCCCGGAUGGGUCAUAGGCAUAACUCAGGGGGCAUCCACUGUUUGAGGCAGGAGCCACUUGUGUUCGCUCCCUGGACCUUGAACUCCGGGUCAUGAUCCAUGGAGCAAACGGCUACGGCGUGAACAUUUUUGCACAUCGUUACGUCUAUCCAUGCCAACACAUGUUUCGCGUCUUCAUGUCAACGAAGAGCCGACGGCCUAGACUUGAACGGCCUCUUUGCCGGUCACCAAUCGCCUACCUACACGCUAGCCUCCUAUGCACUCAAACCUACCUUGUAUCAUACUACGUUGCUAGCUUUCCAUCGUUGUCGGACUGUAAUGUAGAGCACAC